AGUGAAGGGAGCUGGUGAUUAGCUAGAAGGAGCAGGUAUAGGAAGGCUAAUUUCUCAACUAAACACCACCUGCUCUCUGUCCCCAGCGAGCACAGCCCUCCAUUCUGACUGUUCCCCCUAAGAGAGAUGGCAGCAGCCAGAGCAGGAUUCUGCCGCCUGCUGCUGCUCCUGCUGCUGGGGCUGUGGGUGGCCGAGGUCCCAGUCAGUGCCAAGCCCAGGCACAUGACCUCAGCUCAGUGGUUUGAAACUCAGCACGUGCAGCCCAGUCCCCAGGGAUGCAACAAGGUGAUGGGCAAUGUCAACAAGUACACAAAACACUGCAAAGACCUCAACACCUUCCUGCAUGAAUCCUUCUCCAGUGUGGCCACCACCUGUCAGACCCCCAGCAUAGCCUGCAAGAACCGCCAUAAAAACUGCCACCAGAGUCAGAAGCCCAUGUCCCUGACCAUGUGUAAGCUCACCUCCGGGCGGUACCCAGACUGCAGGUACAAAGAGAAGCAACUGACUGCUCCAUACAUCGUUGCUUGUGAUCCGCCCCAGAAAGGGGACUCAGGGCAAUUCCAGCUGGUUCCUGUGCACUUGGACAAAGUCCUUUAGUUUCCAGCCUUCCUCACUCUUGGAUUGUGCCUUAAUUCCCUUUCUAGGCCCCUGCACCACUCCUUCUAUGCUCAGAAGGUUAUCUUCCCCUCAUCUCUUGGGGCCCUUCCAAGCUCAGGCUCUUUUGAGAGGGUGAGGGGGAGCUGAGAUCGAUACCUCAGUAGGCUAAGCUCCAGAAUAGAUGGUCUUUCAUCUUUUUGUUGCUGUUUUCCCAGAAGCUUAUCCCCAAGAGAGGGGCUGAGCAAGCUCAGGGGUGUGGGUUCCCUGGUCUGUGCCUUGUAUAUCUCUCUCCUGCCCCACCUUAUCAUGACAGCAUGACAAGAAGAGGAAAUAAAUGAAAAGGGGUGCACAGGAUUUAUGGACAGAGCUGUUCCUGUUCCUAAACUAGGAAUUUUCACCAGCUUUGACGUGGUAGUGAGGUGGCCUGUGUGCAGAGAGGCAGCCGGAAGGAAAGAACACAAAGAAGUACCACUUCAUGUUUAUAUAGCAUUUCAUGCUUUUCAUGCCACAUGAGUCCCUUGUGAGAUAGACUUGACAGAGAUUACUUGCCUACUUUAGGAUGAGGAAAUUGAGAUUUCAGAAAGCUUAACUAAAGAGCUUGUCAAAUUGGCUAGUAGCAGAACCUGGACUUGAACCUAGGUCUCCUUCUUCUAAAUACAGUGCACUUUGUACUUGACCAUCGGACAAAAAUGGAGAGACCUCUACAGGGGCAAGAGGAGAACUAGGUAAGAGUUCACCCAUGAAGAAAUGUACCCAGAGAGCUCUGAAGAGCCUGUUACCCUGUGUUGGCUGCAAUAAUGGUUAUUACCCCUUUAGCCAAGAGACUGUUACGGGG